GGUUGAGAUAUCAAACAUGGCGGAGCAAUACGGUAACGAGACUCCCGAGGAGUUUUCCUCACGAAUUUUUAGUAUAGUGAGUGGGGGAUUCACCGGUCUCUCCAUCGCAUUAGGAGUCAAGAGUGGUCUCUUCGAUGUUCUUGUAUCUCAUCAUGGUAGCCCUCUGACAUCUCAAGAACUAGCCGAUCUAGCAGGAAUGAAGGAAAGAUAUGUCCGUGAAUGGUUGGCUACGAUGGUUACCGCCCAUAUCGUUGACGUCGACGAAUCCUCAGAGAAAUACCAUGUUCCAAGUUCUCGCCUGGAGAGCCUUCAGCCUGGGACCCUCCUCGGCCAAUCAGCAAGUCUCUCUAUUGGAAUCCCAAUGUUCAGUAGUGUAUUCAGUGAUAUGUUGGAGAUUCUAAAGAAAGAUGGACCCAGAGGACAUGAGCUGUCAACUAUCGAACCGUUCCAUGAAUUUGACAAACAAUAUGGCUCAGCUUGGUACAAUCAUUGUUUCAUCCAAGAAUUCAUUCCGUCACACCCGGAGAUCGAGGCAAAACUCGAAAGUGGAAUUCGAAUGAUGGAUGUAGGAUGCGGUGCUGGAAUAGCAACCCGACUGCUAGCUCAGAAGUUCCCCAAGAGCCAAUUCGUAGGUAUUGACAUCGGACAGACCAACGUAGAUACGGCCAACGAAGAAGCGUCUCACCUAGGACUGAAGAACGUGUCGUACCAUUGCGUCGACGCUUCCGCAAUGCCAAGCGAUUGGGAGGCGACCUUUGAUUACAUCUUUUUCUUCAACGUGCUUCACGACAUUCCGAGACCCGAUUUGGUGAUCGAUGAUGCCAAACGGGUGAUGAAGCGAGACGGGCUUCUCUCUGUUAUUGAGUUAAACUUCAAAUCGAAAGUCGCUGAAAAUGUUGGGAACGCUGCAGCAGCGAUGGUUUCCACAAUCAGCACAUUCUACUGCCUGCCACAGGCUUAUUUGCCUCAAGACACCUACGGACUAGGGACAGUCUGGGGAAAAGAUCGCAUUGAGGAAUUCUUAUUGGGGAAAGGUCUUGUCGUAAAGUCGGCCAGUGAAGUCCCAAAGAUUAAUGAAUUUCAUUUUCUUUGUAAUCUUUCCUAAAUGUUAGUCAAUUUGAUUAAGUAUUAUGUUGUUGUUGUUUUUUAACCAGAGGAUGGGAUAUAAGCUCCAACUUCUCUUAAAGUAAAAGGCCAAUGCCAUAUCAUGUAGUUUUCAAACAAUUUCACAUAUUUUUCAAAUAACUUUACUGUCACCUAAAAAAAAGUCUCUUUUUUGUUUCAUAAUCUCAUUCAUCUUUUAUAUUGAAGUCUAUAUUGGGUUUUCUCUACUACUGAGUAUCCGGCUCUUUGAAAGGAGCUUGUUUUACUAAGUAAUUUGGCUAGUAUAGGCCUGAUAUCUACACGUAUUUACUAAAGAAGAUCACACAGUAAUAUAAAGCUUGGGUAUGAAAUUCAUGAGAAUUAUAAGAUACCUAACAGUACUCUUUAUGUUGUGUCGUUCAAUUUGUUUCCUCGCAAUAUUUCAGAAAUCACGUGAUUAUUUUACGUACAGUUAUAUACAAAACUAUUCUACCCUCUUAUGGAUACACUGUAAAAAAUGAAGUGCUCAUUUAGCAAUUACAGUAUUACAGCAAUUACAGCUUGUAUAGUGACUGCACUACGAGUGCUGAUUUUCUAGUUUAAAUUUGUACUAGAAAAUCAUCACUCGUAAUGCAGUCACUAUUCAAUCACUGUAAGUGCUAAAUUAGCACUUCAUUUUUUUACAGUGUAGGGCUAUUCUGCCAAAAUGAUAAGUGAUAAUGGUGAGGUGACCGGGUCACUCAUGCUAAUUUAUGAAGAGAGGUCGUGGGUUCGAUUCCCGGUCUGUUCAUACCAAAGACUUGUUUAAAAAUAGGACCCUCUGGCUUAUGCAUGCAUGCGUACCAGCGACCAUGUAUGAGAGUCAUUACCAUUAUGUUAUACAUUGGAACAGAGUGAAAACAGUUAUUAAAGAGAUUAAUUAGUUAACCUCGGUGAACCUAAAUAAUGCAAAAGAAAGGAUUGGCAGUCUAAACCAUUUAUAUAAAGUAUUACUCCAUCAAAAUAAAAAAAGUAUCAUACAUAUUUAUAAUUGGGUGAUAUACAUGUACAUGUAGGUGCAUGGGUGAACAGAGUGUCGAUGAGUUGUGGAAAAUUAUAUAUCUAAGAUAUAUAUAAAUUAUACAGCUCAAAGAUGAAUUUUAGUCAUUCAUAGACCUUGCCAUCAAAAUUUAGAAAAAAACAAGAUUGUUAAGAGCAGAAAAUUAUUUAUAGGAAAAUAAUGACAUCUUUAUAAACGCACGUAUACAUACAACCGCACACGCGUAGACACCCCCACAUCACUACUCUCAUCCUCACUCUCGCGCACAUACACACGACUGUACAAACAGACAAACAUCCCACAUACAAUUCUACCCAUUAUAAUACAAUUCUACCCAUUAUAGAGAAUUGCUUUAACUCGAUAGUUUAACGAGGUAAAGUGUAAACCAAUUACAGUGAGAAUCAAAGAUUUGUAAAAUUAUUUCAAAAUACAUUCCAUAAGCGGAUGGUGAGCUUUUUGUUUGUUUAUUAUGUGAAUUCAGCAUCCUCACAAAAUAAUUGCUGGUAAAAGGUUCUUCCCUUUAACAUACAUGAAACAUUAUGUCUGGAUUGAAAGUCAAUGUUGAAAAGUGAAAUGUUAUUCAACUUGGGAAUUGUACGAUGUAUUUAUGUCAAGACAUUCCUUUUCAAUGGCCCGUAGAUUAUUUUUCUUAUUUAGGCAUAAAAAUCCCAUUGAGCGAUAAACAUACUUUUCUUGAUUUAAACUUUAUACCAAAACUGGAUGAGAUCAAAUCUCUGUUAAACAUUUGGAAUGGUUGAUAUCUUACAUUGUAUGGAAAGAUAGUAGUAAUAAAAACAUUGGUCAUUCCAAAAGUAAUAUAUCUUUAAAGCAUUAUUUCAGACCCACCACCGACCUUCUUAAUCGAAAUGCAACGGCUAUUAUUUAAUUUAAUUUAAUAAUUUAGUGUAAAAACGUGAUAAAAUUAAGCGUUCUCUUUUAUACAAUGACUACAAAGAUGUUGGUCUAAAAAUGUUACAUUUGUCAUGUUUUAAUCAAGCACUUAAAGUAUCAUGGGUCAGAAGAUUUUUUAUACCCCUUUCAUAAACCCAUCCUCCAAUUAGCCGCCUAAGAGUAAUGCGGAUAAAUCAAUAAAAAUUGCGUUCACAAACUCCAAAAAUAAUCCGCACUAUUUUUACGAGCGCCCGUCCUGAAAAAGGCGGAUAAUCGUCAUGACAACUGCACACGCCCCCUCAGAUGCGGUUGUGUAGGAAAAGGGUGACCUUGUGACCGCACCAGGCAAUUAUCCGCAAUAUUUGGAAAUGCGUUCAUAAAGUAAAAAUCUGAUCCCGAUGCCGCUAUUAUGCGGAUAAUUGCAGCAUCAAAAUAAUGCGGAUAACUCUGGUCCUCCUCCGAUUUUACGACCAAAUUAUGCUGCUAUUAGCCGCAUAAUUGGGUUUAUUAGAUGAUGAUAACAAUGGGAAAUGGAAGUGUUUUUUUUUAAAGAAUCUGUUCGUUUUAUUGGUGAGAGCAAAUUUACGAUUUGGAAUAUUAGCAAAAGUCAUAUAUUAUUCAAUUCAUGUACCAAAACUUUUUGGAAUGAUGUAUUGAGUUCAUGGUCAUAUUACAGAUACUAUAAUCCUGUUAAGUUUAAGGAAAUACUGUCGCAACCUCUGUGGUUCAAUUCACAUAUUUUAGUCAAUGGAAAACCUCUUUAUAUUCAAAGAUGGUCCGAAUCUUCUUUUAACACUAUUUACGAUUUUCUAACAGAAGAUGGACUUUUUAAAUCUUUUGAAGUUAUAGUUGAAAACUACGGUUACACAUCCAUCACGAUGUAUAAUUCAUUAUUAUAUGCCAUACCAAAUUAAUGGAAAAGAUUUAUUAGAAACAAAUACAUAAAACAUAAUACACCUUUUGAACCACACGACGAUCGAUUACGUAAUUUCCUUAAACACAAAAAAGUUUCUAAACUAUGUUAUUCUCAUUUUAUAAAUAAUUAUACUUUGGACGUGUCAGAGACAGAUCAACGUUACAAUAAUGAAAUUUGGAAUUCUCGUUUUACCCUGACAUACAAAUCGUCAAUAGAUAACAAACAAAGGAAUUUCCAAUAUAAAUUUAUACACAGAAGAGUAUCGACACAUCAUUAUUUAUAUAAAAUCGGAUUUUUUUUUCAAGACAUAUGUGAUUUUUGUAAUGAACAAAAUCAAACAUUGAUGCAUCUAUUUUUUGAAUGCCAAUUUGUUUCGAACUUUUGGAACGAUUUGUGUACUUGGUUGACUUUAAAAAAUAUCCGUUCUUAUAAGUUAUCUAAUUUAGAAAUUUGUUUUGGAACAUUGGAAAGAGAACAUUUUUAUUUGGUAAAUACCAUAAUAUACUAUACAGCAAAUAUUUCAUUUUUUCAUGUAAAUAUAGUAAAACAAUUCCUCUUUUUAAAUCGUUUGUAUGCACUCCAACACAGUUAGAAAAAACAAAACGCUACAUUUCUUUUAAACAUAAUCGUUCGGAGUUUCACAGAAAAAAGUGGAAUAUAAUUACUAUGAAAGAGUAAAGGGUAUAGAUCUAUAUUUGUUGUUUUGAAUUAGAUCUGUUGUAUAUUAUCUAUAUGAAUGUAAAAGAAUCAUGUAUCUGUUUCUGAGAUAUUUUUGUUAAAAUGUGAAUUGCAAAUAAAACUCAUAAAAAAAACACAUUAUGUCUGUUCUAUCAUUUUGCUCUCAAAUCACGUUUUUUAUUAUUUUUAGUUGUUACAUAAAUCUAAAAGCAUAAUCUAUAUCAUAGUAUACAGUAAUUUACAUUGUUUAUUUUUUAUUGUUAAACUUUCGUUUUUUAUCUUGGUGCUGCUUUAUUAUUAUAUUUUAUUGGGAUACCAACUUGUACAGGUUUUUAAACCAUUUUUUUUUAAUCCUUUGCCAUGUUUUACUCUGUAUGUUUUACUUGUCU